AUGAAAACAUUGUGGGAGUGCAAAUAUUUCGAACCUAUUUCUUAUGGAGAACUUUUCACAUAUACUACUGACUUAUAUAAACAGAACCUUGCACCAUUUAAAGAUUUGACAUAUGCUCCAAAGUAUUGUGUACAACUGAAGAAGAAAGCAGAGUCAAAAGAAGUAAAUAAAGCUAAAUGUAAAUUCAUACCUGAGCACGUUUUCUUUGCUGACUUUGAGUGUAGUACGGAUGGCUUUCAUAAAGCUUUUAACAUCUGUUAUGACAGUGAAGAUGGUUCAGUUAGUGAAAGCAUUUGGGGUCAAAACUGUGCAACAGAAUUUUUGGAAAGACUUCCUGACAAGAGUUUAAUAUAUUUCCAUAACCUCAGUUAUGACAUAAACUUCAUCUUAAGACACAUGACAGAAGUGAAAGGAACUCCCAUCAUUAAAGGUUCACGAACAAUGCAAAUAACUGGUUUAUAUAAAGGACGGGCAAUUAUUAUAAAAGACUCUUACAGUGUUAUAAAUAAGAAGCUUAAACUAUUUCCUGCUAUGUUUAACUUACAAACAGGACCGAAAGAAGUAUUUCCAUAUAACUACUACAGCAGUGUUUUGUUAGCAAAUGACAACAGAACUGGUGUCAUUUCUGAAGCAUGUAAGUUUAUCCAUGAUGCAGAUACAUUUAUGAAGAACAUAGAUUCCAUCAAAGGUUGCAGAAUAGAUGAAAACCACUUCGACUUAGAAAAAUAUAGCACGUUUUACUGCAAACAAGAUGUAAGAAUUUUAAGAGAAGGUUUUGUAAAGUUCCGCAAUGACUUAUUGAAAGAGUUUGAUUUAAACGUUUAUGACUACGUUAGUAUUUGUUCUAUUGCUAACAAAUUGUUUGAGAACAGAGUAUACUUCCCGAAUGGAAAUCUUUAUGACCUCUCAAAUAAACCAAGAGAAUUUAUUUCGAGAUGCAUUCAAGGUGGAAGAUGUAUGUUGUCAGAUAACAUGAAACAAAAGAGCAAAAAGAAACUCAUUGCUGACUUCGA